UUGUGCAACGGCGGCGACCUCCCCUACGACACCUGCGUUUGACUUCUCAAGGCGGACAACGGCGACCAAAGAAGCCAGCGAAGGUCGACAUGGCCACAGCAAGGAGACGAGUCCCGUGCAACGAUGCAGAGCCACAAAAGUUUUCUCAAGGAGAAUUAAAUGAUUUGGUCAGAGCCUUGUCUCUGUCGAAAGAUAAAGCUGACCUCUUAAUAUCCCGCCUAAAGGAAAAAGGUCUACUUAUGAAGGAUGGAAAUGUAGUAUUGUCUGCUACUUGUCAAGGAUCCCACCAAAUUCCCGAGAUAUGCUAUAAGUCAGUAUCGGGGACUUGCGCAGUUGCUGGAUGCUCGAGACUCCAUUCAAAGAUUCACUUUCAUUGGCAAGUGACCAAAGAUUGUGAUACUUGGUAUAACUUCCCAGAGAAAACUGUUCAUUUUCUGGAACAGCAUUUCUGCAAUCCUGAGAGUAACUUCAUUAUCCUGCAACGACUCGAUGAUUCCUGCCAUGACAGAGGUCUAUUAUCAUUAUUGAAAUGCCAUAAUUGGGAUAUAGGCUUCAAAUACACGCAGUGGGAUAAUAACUGUGCAUAUAUUCCCAUUUUCUAUCAAGACAUGAAAUAUCACAUCCGGAGACUUUGCACCGAGAGAAAUCCGACAAAGAAUCUCAGAGCAAACAGGUUCAUUUGGUACUACCAAGAUGACUUGCAGAAUUGGUGUCCGUUCGACUUUCCUAACAAUAAGAGUCUGGAAGAUGCCUACGAAGAGACUCCGAAAGGAAAUGUGAUAAUACAGACCGGCGUAGCCAAAUACAGAGUGGAUUUCAGCAAAAUGAAUCAGGAAAAUGUAUCGACAAAGAAAAUACGAGAUAUACGGCGUAGGCCCCUGCCACUUAUGUGAACUCAUUAGAGAUAGAAGGUAUAUCAUUUCAUAAGGGGCAUUCUAGUAAGAAACAUAUUGCAUUAUCUAUAGAUUAUAUAUACACACACACACACACACACACACACACACACUCACAUACACACACACAGACACACACACGCACACGCACACGCACACGCACACACACAC